AUGGAGGCUCUGCAGGAUUAUAGCGCGCAGCUGCUGUGGCCCGUCAUAACUUUCUGGACCAACAUCGUGGCUACCUACUCAGCGUCGCAGAUUGAAUUCGUGGGCACUCUGCUUGUUCAGCUCAUUUUUUUCUGGUUCCCAUCACUUGCCUAUUUGUCUUUGGAUGCUGUCGCACCGGCCUUCAGUCAGAGGCACAAGAUCCAACCAGCGCCCAGGCAGCCCAGUCGCCGCGAUAUCAUCCACUGUUUCUCGGUUGUUCUCCAGAACCAGGUUCUUUCUUCGGUCCUGCACCUUGGCCUCAUCAACAUUACCUCACGCCUGGGUGGGCAGUCCGCCUAUCGAAUUGAGAAGUCACUCCCUACCGCACUGGAAUUCGCUAGGGACUUUGUCCUCAGUUUGCUCAUGCGCGAAGUGAUGUUCUACUAUAGCCAUCGGGUCUUGCACGAGAAACCCCUCUACAAGCUGAUCCACAAAAAGCAUCAUCGCUUCACGGCACCGGUGGCCUUGGCUGCGCAAUACGCACACCCGGUUGAGCAGAUCUUCGCGAAUGUACUUCCGAUCUCAUUGCCUCCGCAGUUGCUGGAUAGCCAUGUCUUGACAUUUUGGUGUUUCCUUGCUUUCGAGCUCUUUGAGACGAGUACUGUUCAUUCGGGUUACGACUUUUUCCACAGAAAGGCGGCGAUGCAUGAUCUUCAUCAUGCGAAGUUCAAUUUGAACUAUGGUUCGUUGGGGUUGCUCGAUUGGUUCCACCAGACCGAUCGUCUGGGGAAGCAGCAUUCGGAGUAA